GUCAAACUGAUUUGGCCCACGUCAAAGAUGUCAUGAUGGAGUCUGCCAUUACCACGAUUCAAGAUUGCGAGGACUCUGUGGCAGCGGUAGAUGCCGAGGACAAAGUUGAGGUGUAUAGCUCUGUCUACAUCGUCAAACCUAAAAUGCAUGGACCAGAAGAGGUUGCCUUUGCCUGUGAAUUGUUUGAUCGUGUUGAGCAGGCCUUGGGAUUGCCCAAAAACACCCUCAAAAUUGGUAUCAUGGACGAAGAGCGCCGUACGACGGUUAAUCUAAAAGCAUGUAUUCGUGCAGCUAAGGAA